AUGGAGGAAUUUAAGAAACCAUCGCUUCCUGUGGCGCCGGCGAAGAUAGAGAAACCCAAGGAAGAAUUAAAGAAACCAAUCGCCGAAGAUAAGACUAAAGUAAAAGAUGAGGCGCCAAAACCUCAACCGGCAACAAAUAAACCACCUCAAACAUGUCCCUAUAAAGUUCCACUCUGGUCCAAGAAUCCACCCAACGAAAGCAGUUACUCAUUUGAAGUUCUUAAAUCUGGACAAAUAAUCGAUGGAGUUAAAAAUUUACAAACAAAGGCAUUUUGGACAUUUGGUCGCCUACCGGAGAAUGACAUUGAAAUGGCACAUCCAACCAUUUCCCGGUUUCAUGCUGUUCUACAGUAUAGACCUAAGAAAAUUGAAACACAAACGGAGGAAAAUGAUGACGAAGAUGAUGAGACAAAAGAGGAGGAUGAGAAAAAAGAAGAAGCUGGUGAUAAAGGGCCUCCAGAAGGAUGGUAUAUUUAUGAUUUGGACAGUACCCACGGUACGUUUCUAAAUAAACAGAGAAUUCCACCCAAGGUGUAUAUACGAAUACGUGUGGGUCAUAUGUUACGUUUGGGUGCCAGUACACGGUCAUAUAUUCUGCAAGGUCCACCGGAAGACGAAGAACCCGAAUCGGAAUUGACAAUAACGGAGUUAAAGGAAAAAAGACAGAGAGAUUUGGAGGCUGCAGCAUUGGAAAAGAAACGUUUGGCCGAAGAGGCUGCAGAAAGGGAACGUAAUGAGGGAUGUAGUUGGGGCAUGACUGAUGACGCUGACGAGGAAACAGAUUUGACCCACAAUCCAUUUGCUGCCACAAAUAAUGAAGAACUUUUCUUAGACGAUCCCAAGAAAACGCUGAGAGGCUAUUUCGAACGUGAAGGUUUAGAGUUGGAAUAUAAAUGUGAUGAAAUGUCAGCGGGAUCAUAUGUCUGUCGUGUUGAGCUGCCCUUGGAUGAUGACAAUGGGCGGUCAAUUGUGGCCGAAGUUGUACACAAGGGCAAAAAGAAGGAGUGUGUGGUGCAAUGUGCCUUGGAAGCAUGUCGUAUUCUCGAUCGUCACGGCGUCCUACGACAGGCUAAUCAAGAACCACAGAAACGUAAACAAAAAUCUAAAGAUUCCGAUUCAGAUGAUGAUGAGUUUUGGGAUCGUACCGGCGAUGUGGCCAGGAAGAAACAAAGACGAGCAAAUACGACAGCGAAUGUAACGCUGACAUAUGAUGAUUUGCUGAAACAAGAGGAAGAGCUGAACAAAGAACUCCAACAAGUACAGGCCAAUAUCGUGGCAUACCAGGAGAAGAAAAAACAACUUAAAACACAAAAAGAAAAGGAGGAAUCCAAUGACGAUCUGGAUAGUUAUAUGGAGAAUUUGCAAACAAAAGAAAACCCGGUGGAUAAAAUUGAAAUAAAGAAGUUGAGGCUUGAAGAAUUACGACUGAAAACAGAAAUUCAACGAAAUCAAAGACUUCUAAAGAUAGCCAAACCAGUUGAUCUGCCAUUCAUGAGAAAUCCUUUGGAAGGUCACAAAAAUGAAUCGGCCCAAGGAGAGGUGAAGAAAAAACAAUUGCCAAUGAUUGGUAAACGUAAUCAAUUUAGUAAAUUUAAAAUUGUCAAACCACAAGAAAGCAAUAAAAGUUCAAAACCCUCAGCUCAAUUGGCAUCCGACGAAGAGGAAGUUGAAGAAGAAGAACAAAGUAGAACUGAAACAAAAGUUGUUAAAGAAGAGCCAAUUAAAGCUGAGAGUAAAGUUAACAUAGAUGAAAUCUUCGAAAGAAAUCCAGAAAAGAAAGAAGACAAACCAAACUUGACGAAACCAUCAUUGGAUAAUGAUGAAGAAAUCAGUGAAACACCAUCACAGCAAUCCCCAAAGGUGGAGAAAAUUGUGGAAAAAGAACCUGCAAUUGUUAAGGAUGAUAUAGUAUCGGAAACAAAACCUGUCGAAGUAAUCCCAGACCCUGCUAGUAAAGAAGAUAGAGGCGCAACAAAUACGGCUGCCUCCACUGAAAGCUCCAAAAAGCGAAGACAACGCAACCGACAACGCACUAAACGUGAAGCAGACAUGGACGAUGACAUUGAAUAUGAAUCAUCAGAGAAAUAUGCGAAAUGGGUACCACCAGAAAAUCAAACUGGAGAUGGUAUUACAGAAUUAAACAAGAAAUAUGGUUAUUAAAAAA